AUGAAACUUAUUUUCUUCACGCUCUUCACUCCUUUUCUUCUUUAUUUCAUCUCUUUCUCUCUUUUUCUUCUAUUUUUCUCUUUAACUCUUUUCCUUUAUUUUCUUUUUCUCCUAAUUUUCUUUAUUCCUCUUCUUACAAUCUUCCUUAUCUCCUAUUUUGUGACGUAUUUUUCUUCCAUUUCUCACACUUCCACUCUCUUACUAUCUUUUCUCUUUCUUUCUUUCUUUCCUUCUUUCUUUCUUUAUCUUCUUCUUAAAUAUUUUCAGAAAAAUGAAAGAAAAAGUGUAAACUAUUUACUCUUUCUUUCUUUCUUUCUUUCUUUCUUUCUUUCUUUCUUUCUUUUCCCCGUUUUUCUUUCGGCGUUUUUCUUAGUUUACACUUUUUCUUUCAUUUUUAUCUCUUUACCCAUAUCCAUUUCUUUCUUUCUUUCUUUCUUUCUUUCUUUCUUUCUUUCUUUCUUUGCAUUUUCUUCCAUUUUAAUCUCUUUACCCAUUUCCUUUCUUUUCUUUCUUUCUUUCUUUCUUUCUUUCUUUCUUUCUUUCUUUCUUUCUUUUUUUAAGCAUGCUACUUUCACUUUCGUUUUCCUUCUUUUCAGCGACCAAUCGACGUUUUCCGAACCCUUUCUACCUUUCGUAUUUUUUUCCUUUUCACUCGUUCACACACCCUCUUACCCUUAUCGGGGUCGUCGAUUGGAUGGUGCUAAAGCGACAGUCGAUGCAAAUCCGCCAUUUUAUCGCCUUUUACUCUGUUUGUAUUUGUCUUCGUAUUUGUUAUCCCUUUAUGGAAUCGCUUGGAACAAGCGAUCUCACCUUAGGCAGAGGGAAACGGAGAGGAGACUGGUGAGUUGGGUGGGGGUUGUGGGUCGAUGGGUAGUGCUAGGAUCAAAUCAUUGCUUUUACCGGUCGCUGAGGUAG